AUGGCGCCGAAUCUUGAGAUUGCCAUUCCAUCCGCCUCGAUUUCUCACUCUUCCCCUCCUCAUACGAUCUACCACAUCACACUCCGCCUCCCUCUCCGUUCCUUCACUGUCUCGAAGCGCUACUCCGACUUCGUGGCGUUUCACCGUGAGCUUCUCAGCCAGACCGAUACACAACCCCCAGUUUCUCUCCCUUCUAAGUCGUGGUUCUCAAAUACUGUCUCCAACGAGCGAUUCCGCGAAGAGCGUCGCCUGGGCCUUGAGGAAUAUCUUCAAGCAAUCAAUGAGGCACCCGAUGGACGCUGGAGGACCUCGCCGGCCUGGCGCGCAUUUCUCAACCUUCCCACCGCUGCGGCAAUAUCAACAUCUAAUGGCUCCUUGACCACCUCUGCUCGCCUCCAUGCCGCUAUCACCGACCCAGGCUCAGCGACUAACGCCCCGAUUACAGACCCGACUCUCUGGCUAGACUACUACCGCGACAUGAAAGCCCAUCUCCACGACGUACGGCUUCAACUAUCCCGUCGCGACCAGGAGACAACACCGCAGAAGCAGCAUGAGAGCUCCGCGCAAGCCAAGAGCAGCCUCGUGCGAGCUACAUCCAUGAUCACGGCCCUCGAAGAAGGCCUCAAGAACCUUGGUAAUCAGGGUCGGUCUCAUGAAACGAGCAUUCCUAGCCUGGGCGAUGGGGAACUACGUCGUCGCAAGGACCUUCUCAUAAAUGCACGCAAAGAAAAGGAUGGACUAGAAGAUCUACUGCACGCCAUGGCUGCCAAGAGCCGGCUCGACUAUGCCGUGGCCUCGAUUCAAGAUAAAGAGGCGCUAAUGAAGACUGGGGAUGGGGGCGCUACUAGCAACGGGCGCAGAACGCCGGCUCGGUCCGGUCGAGUCCUUGGAAAAGAGACGGAGCGCACGCGUGAGCUUGAUAACGAGGGCGUAUUGCAGUUGCAGCGACAAACGAUGCAGGACCAGGAUGCGAGUGUCGAGGAGUUAAUGAAAAUUAUUAUUCGCCAGAGGGAGUUGGGUACACAGAUUCACGAGGAGCUCGAGGUCCAGAAUGAGUUAUUAAAGUUGGCAGAUGAGGAUACUGAUCGAUUGAAAGCCAAGCUUGACAUUGGCAAGAAGCGAGUCGGCAAGAUUUCUUAA